AUGAAGUUCCCAGAUAGCGACCCACAAACGUCAACGAGUCGUCAGUUCUGGCUGCUGAGAGAGCUCGAGUCCGAAAUUACCUUGGCCAUGUACUAUCCCUCCUCGCCCCCGGGAGAUGUGUCUUGGAACGUUUCCUUUGGCUCGUGGUUUACGCACAUACAUGAACGGCUGCAUGAAUGGCACCAGACAACUCAUCAGAGCAUCAACUUUGGUGAAAAGAUCGAGUUUCACGAAAUCCUGUUCCAAUGCCAAAUUUUAAGACUAAAUCGACCUUCGCCACGCUGUCCACGUCCUACCAGAGACAUGCGCAAAAGAGCUCUCAUAUCUUCGAUCGCUUUGAUCAAAGAAUUCGACGUCGUAGACCGGGUGGGAAAGCUCUUUAAUAUCUGGCAUGCUGCUCAUUACAUUGUCGAGUCGGGUGCCUGCCUCCUUGCAACAGUCGUCAAUGGUAUGGAUACCCAGAGUCCAAAGAGCACACACCUAGAAGGUGAAGAGGUUGCUAUCUUGACCAAAUAUAUCCAGAAGUUCCCUUGUCUUCUCUGGAAUAUAUCACGCCGUUGGCCUGACAUUGCACAGCAUGCAUCUGCCCUGGAACCCAUCUCGAAUGCGGUCUUGGAGAAAUUGAGUCUAUGGUCAAGUGGCGAGACGAUUAGGAGCUUAGAUCUUGUCGCUCUUAAGGAAGAGCUCAGUCAGAACCUUUCGUUAUUCUCGCCUCUACCCUUGAGGGUUGAAGCAAGUCACAGCGACAACAUGGAAACGACAGGAGUGCAUUUCCAGUCCGGUCACCCUACUGGCCCCCUCCCAUCAGGCUCUCGUCACUCCCUCGAACUUUCCGACUAUCCACUUUCGACGAUCGAGGCCGGCCCUGUGGAAUCUUCCUGGGCGGAUUUUCAACCAGCGAUGGGGGUCUUUGACUCGACUUUCCCCGAUCCUUACGUUUUCGAUGGCGGAGAUGCCUUGGUGUGGGAUUUUGCAGGCACAGACUCGGAUGAGAUCCUAGCUGCCUUGUUCGACGAAGGAGACCCUCUGAUGCUGAAUGAUGGUACUGGCACCAGAUGA